AUGACUUCAGUCUGAUGGUGGCAGAUGUGGUGUCAGUACCCUGUCUGUCAAUUUGUCAACCCAUAUAUCUGUCUGUCUGUCUGUCUGUCUGUGACUAUCUGUAUAUGUAUCUGUCUAUAUGUUUCUCUCUAUUUAUCUGUCUGCAUGCCUGUCCUUGUGUCGAUCUUUCUGUCUGACCAUCUCUCUUAUCUUUAUGUCUAUCUGUAUGUCUGUCUAUAUUUCUGUCUAAUUUCUUUAGAGGGGUCACGGCCCUGUCAUUUUUUUUCCCUACAUUGCACAAAGGAGGGGCCCACACAAAGUGGGAUCGCCGUCAUAGGCUGAGCGCGGCCCUCCCUCUUCCCCUUUAAAACGCCCGACUUUCUUACCUGAGUUCCACCAAAGAGCCGCACCUCCUCGUUUCAGUCGCUCAUCUGUCUUCUGUCUUUCGGCUUUCAAUUAACUGUUUCAAAAGAGAAAAGCAAGGCGCCGACCGGAUCGGACCCUCUUUCAGAACCAUCUCAGCUUUUUUCUUUUCUUUUCUAGGGCAUCAACAUUCAGUCAAGCUUGAAGAAGAAACAUUUUGUGUCAACUCUUUGUGACGACUGCGCGCCGAACAAUCGACCGAAACAAAGGAUCUUCGCCUCUCGUCCCGCUGCCUCCGUCAUAAUGCCUGGGGUUAGGGAGCUCAUGGAGCUGAGGAGGGUCCCCAUGGAGACUGAUGAUGAUAGCACCGCCAGCCUGGACGAGCAUUUCAGAGGCUCCAUUGAUGUGGAGAAGUCCACAAUUGCCAGCAGUCAAUACAUGGACGAAAAUGACGAUGGGGAAGAAGACAGGUUCUUAUCGAAUGGGCUGAUGAAGAAGAAGAAAUAUGAGGAAGAAGAAUAUCAUCCGGGCCACGCUUCCUUCGGCAUGUCGGUCUUCAACCUGAGCAACGCCAUCAUGGGCAGCGGCAUCCUGGGCCUGUCCUACGCCAUGGCCAACACUGGCAUUGUUCUCUUUACAAUCCUCCUAGUCGCUGUGGCCAUCCUCUCCUUAUACUCCGUUCAUCUUCUCCUCAUGACGGCAAAAGAAGGAGGAUCUCUGAUCUACGAGACGCUGGGGCACAAAGCGUUCGGUUGGCCGGGGAAAAUGGCUGCCUUCGUAUCGAUAAUCAUGCAAAACAUUGGAGCCAUGUCCAGCUACCUCUUCAUCGUGAAGUACGAGCUCCCUGAAGUCAUCCGAGCCUUCUUACGCUUGGAGGAGAAUUCAGGGGAAUGGUACCUAAACGGCAACUACCUGGUGGUAUUCGUGUCCAUCGGAAUUAUUCUGCCGUUGUCCCUCCUGAAAAAUCUGGGUUACCUGGGCUACACCAGUGGUUUUUCACUGUCUUGUAUGGUCUUCUUCCUGGCUGUGAUUAUCUACAAGAAGACCCAGCUGCCCUGCCCUCUCCCUUUCAUGUACUCGUCCAACCUCAGUACGAACGCCAGCGACAUUUCCAGGCUGUACGCGCUACGACACAACAUGUCGCAGAUGGACUUCUCGCGGGCCGACGUCUCCCCAGUGGUCACCAGCAACCAGGGCGACCACCACGCCACGGGCGUCCACUACGAGCCUCACCCCGACGACGAGGAAAUGUGCCGGCCCAAAUACUUCGUCUUCAACUCUCAGACUGCAUACACUGUCCCCAUCCUGGCCUUUGCAUUUGUCUGCCAUCCCGAGGUGCUGCCUAUCUACAGCGAGCUAAAAGAUCGCAGCCGGAAAAAAAUGCAGCGCGUCUCCAACCUGUCCAUCCUCGCCAUGCUCAUCAUGUACAUGCUGUCGGCUCUGUUCGGCUACCUCACCUUUUAUGACUUUGUGGAGGCCGAGUUGCUGCACACCUUUACCAAAGUUUACAAGUUUGACACCAUGCUGCUGCUGGUGCGCCUGGCUGUCCUCACCGCCGUCACGCUCACUGUCCCCAUCGUGCUUUUCCCUAUCCGCUCCUCCAUCACCACGUUGCUCUUCAAGGGCCGUGACUUCAGCUGGACCCGCCACUUGGUGAUCGCCGCGCUCAUCCUGGCCUUCAACAACAUGCUGGUCAUCUUCGUUCCCACAAUCAGGGACAUCUUUGGCUUCAUCGGUGCUUCUGCAGCUACAAUGCUCAUCUUCAUCCUUCCUGCUGCCUUCUACCUCCGCCUGGUUAAGUCGUUACCAUACAACUCCUGGCAGAAGGUUUCGGCGGCGGUCUUCCUGGCCGUGGGGGUGGUCUUCAUGAUUGGCAGCUUGUUUCUUAUCGUUCUCGACUGGAUCCAUCACCCACCCGGCACCAGCCACGCCCACUAAAGACCCCCCUCCUUCUCACGUUCGGAUUUAUAUCUAAGACAGCAGCAGCCAUCCUUUCCCAACCACACCACAAUCUUCGUCACUUCCCGCGACUGAAUUAUUCAGACAAUCUCCAGCGUAUCGACCGGAUGCUCUGCAUCCUCAGAACAUCAUUUGGAGGACUUUUUUUUUUUUUCCUUCUUUUGUACGUUAGAAUGUAACAACUUCAGACUUUGACGUAAAUACGCCGUUACAGGCGGUCUGGAAUCAUCAUCGCGAUGAAGAUAUCGUACUUCCAGCUGUGAAGAUGCUGAGCAAAUCUUUCACUUUGAAGAGCAGCGUUGUGAUUGGACCGCAGGGCUGGAAAAGGCGACGGCGUUUGCCGCCGUUCUCCUCCUCCUUCUGAAAUUAAGCUACAUUUACAAAUGGAGUGUGUCGUCACCCAUGACAAACAAGCACUUGGAUUACUUUUCACUUUAUGUGGAGAUGCAGUAGACGCCUCCACUCGUAUAAAAAAUAUGCGCACAUGUAUUUCUUUAAGCUACUGUCCAUGAAAUUAAUCAACAAAGACGGUUAAGCGGAAAAAUCAUCUUCUUUUUCCCCCCCACUUAAAUUGAUUAAAAACAAUAACAAAUCAGAAACCUUGCCAAAGUCUGCAUUCGUCAGGGACGAUCGUCUUGACCAGCUGCGUACAAGAAGGUGCUUUCAGUAUUGCUGUCAUACAGAACUCUGAACAUGGAGGAGACGGAGGUACAUAAUCACCUGUAGCUACUGCAUUAAGUAGCAUUGUACAUAUCUCAGGCGACCUAUCAGAGUUCUCUGCUGUUCAGGUGAAAACGAAGACGAACGAUCAUUUUCAAACAACAUGCCUGCUGGAAUAACCUAUGAGACACAUAAAGUAGGGCUAGACUGCUGGAUGGAGAAUCACUUGUUACUUUUACACAGAGUUAGCUGAAACAUCCAGAGGCAGCUAGAGUUUUCAUCAGCGAAAGCUGAAAUCGUUUCUCUAAAUAUCCGUAACUUCUAUUCUCUACUCUUGUUGCGUAUUUGUAUCGUAACUCUCAGUUCAAACCUUUAUCAUGUGAAUGCUACAUUUGUAGUCAAGUUUGCGGCUACCUGCUGACGUUAGGCUGGAGGCCGACUGGCUUUUCUAGAAAUUGGAGCUCGGAUUUGGAAAUGACGUCAGAGCCAAGGAAAGCUCAUUACUUUAGCUAGAUACCCGUUAUAUGUUUGAGGCGGCCACAUUGAUUUAAAUCCGGUGACUGAUGUAAUUACAGUUUCAAGAUGUGGACCAGUCAGGCUGUUUUUCCCAACUUGGAAGAACUGGAGAAAGAUAUUUUUCUAGCCUCAGAUUCGAGGUGGAAGCUGUACAUCAACACAACAUUGUGGUUCAACUGAGAGGAAAACUGUACAAAUGGGGGCAGAUCAAAUGUAUGUGAAGGCCGUUAAAAAAACUUCUUACAUUUUUAAAUUUCACACUUCAGAUUGAAUUAUUUCCAAGUCAAGCCAAUGAACUACAACUUUUAGAGAAAGUAGUGAAGGAUUUAAACGUAGUAAUAAUGUCUGUUACAGUCAGUUAUAGUCAAAGUAAGUGCCAUGCUAAUCAAUAGGUGUUUGGUAAAUGUCUUUGUAAUGCUUUUGUACUAAAUCGGUUUUUAAGGAGUAACUUGAUUUGCAAUUGUCUUUUUCAUCAUUAUCAAAGGCUACAAAUAACAUUGGCUGUCCCAAAGCAUUUAAUUUUAAAACCCCCAAUAAUCACCAGUCAUCAAUAAUUUGGACAAAAGUGAACAAACACAACGUCUAAAUGUCAAAUUACAACAUCGUCCCAUUUUAGCAAUGGUAUCGUGAAUCAGCUGCAUUCUGUACAUCAUCCAUGCUUUGUUUCCAAAUUCUUUAUUAGUACACAUUUAAAGCCAAUACACUUACACAGAUAUUGGGCUGUUGCUCAUUUCAUUUUAUAUUUAUGCUUUUAUAAAUAUGGAAAGUCAUUCAUGUGGCUAUGCAAAGCUCUCUUAUGAAAAUGCUGCAUAUGAAGUUAAUGUAACAGCUACUUGCUGAUCCUUGGCAAUAAAUCAACUGUUUACACACAAAACUAUUUUAUAUUUUCUCAAAUGUACGUUUUUUACAACAAAAAAUGUUUGGGGGCGGGAGGGUUAGAAAUUUAAAAUGAAUGUUAUACAUUUCUAAAGUAAUCAGUAUCCGUUUCCCCAAAUUGCUAAACCUCAAUAUCACAUUUGUUUCUAAAGGAUUUUUCCAUUUCAGCUAUGCUAGCUUAACCAUCUCUGGCUGCUAGCUGAAUAUCUAGCUCAUAAAUGCAAGACAUUUUUGUCUUUCUGCCUUCAUUUUAGCUACAAAUUGAACAACAUAGAGUUUUUAUUUCUCUGAAACAUAAAGUGGCUGUUCUUUAAACUGAUAUUUCAAGAGAAGUGACAUGUUAAAACGUACCUGGGUCACUCACUAUUUGGCUAACAACAGUGUUCAGUCGCUAAGCUAAAGUUUGUUACUAUUCAGCAAUUCGUUGUUACAAAUGCCUUAAAUGUCUAUUACCUACAUUUUAAAAUGGAGACCUAAAUUGUGCCUUUCGGAUACUUUUUAUUUCUCUAUAUUUUUGGCAUUUGAAACGCGUGCCUUUUGUAAAGUAGCUGGUGACGACAUGAGAAGCUCGGAUUCGCCUGAUUCCACCGUCAGUCGUUGCGCCGUUACGUGUCGCGAACACACCCCUGCCAAAGUGGACAUUUAUAGAUCCUUUGUGGAUCUACGUACGUGAAGCAAAUAGAUAUUUCAAAUGAAAUAGUGUAUUAUGUGCAUGUUUUUGGAUUACAAACGUGGUCUUUUUUUUGGACAAUUGUACAUGCUGUGUAAAUAAUCUUUAUUUUAUGGUACACCGACAUUCAUCGCCGCUGAGUGGGUUGUGGGGGGUUGUACUUGAGAAGCCUUUUACAAUCAUUUGUUUUUAGUAUAUAUAUAUUAUUAUAUAAAUGUGGAUGAGUGUUAGCCUGUUUUUGUUCUCUUGCUGUAUGACAGUAGCUCGCCUUUUUUUUUCUCUCUCUCUACGUGAUGCUUGUACAUUUGUCGACUGUUUUCUCCUUACAUACAUAUUCUCAUGUUUUAGCGUGACCUUUUCGGAUCAGAACAUCUAUUGGAUCACAAUAGCAUUAUUUUUCUCAAAACACAUCAGAAUUAAGGCAGUUCAGUUUUUGCUCCGGGUUCAAUAAAGCUAAAUCAUGAAAGCAAGACAAUAAUUUCUUUUUUACCUCAGGUUAUCAAAAAUGCACAACAAUAUUUCAACUCCCCGCCGACAAUCGUUCGUAGCUGAAGGUCCCAUCUUACUGAGGCUUGCAAUGUGUAUCAGUGCUGUCCUAGAAACAUCUUUGGUGAAGUUUCAUUUUGUAUAACUUUACUUGAAUCAAAGCAUUUCUUAGCCUGAUAAAGCAACGGUGCCUUUGUUAUUGAAGAAGUGCAAUGAAUGUUCAGUAUUGGUCUUACGAAUGUUUUUUGACCUCAGUUAAAUGUAAGAGACUCAUGGCCUCCUCAGGUUGGGUCGUCUUACGAAGAAGUAUAACUAUCCACACUACACAUUGACCCUCUAAGUAUCUCAGGUUCGCGGUCUGGAUUCAUUUGUUCCCCCCCCACACGUUUGCGUGCAGCGUCGAAGAAUUUUACCUCAGCCUAUGCUGUACAGACGGACGCAUUUUGUGCUGGCACAGACAAACGGCCUCCUCGUGCUUUUUCUAAAGCAGACACCAGCGAACGCUGAUUCGAGGGAAGGGUGAACAAAACCGCCUCGGCCUUGGUUUUCUACGGACCCUCAGGCACGGAGAAGCACUGGCUCAAUGUUUUUGCUGUUCCCAGUGUCUUUACUCCCUGUGGAUCAGGCUAAACAUUCAGAUUUGUAAUUUACUUAGAGAGUGUUUUAUUGUUGUUUGUUUUUUUUUUGUAUCUGUGAUGCUGUUUCAUUACGAUGAAUAAAAUGUGAUAAGAAAAAUAAAA